AUGCUUCGGGUUAUUUAUGCUUGUGCAAAUCCGCUACUGAAGGACAUCUGCAACUGUGAAAACCUUCUUUGCCCACUAGUCGAGGUGAUCAUUUUGGCCUCCAGACUGACUCAAGAUCCUGCAGCCAGACUUCAUUGUGGAACAGCCACUCUGUCUGUGUGUUCACGGCUCCAUACAGGCAAAGAUGGCGAGGUAGACUGGUACACCCUGCUUGCUAUACCCACUUGCCUCCUCUGCCAAAAUGCCACUGCUUUUGCACUAUAUGUUCAACAGGGUCGUGCGACUCCGCCCUUCCUCUUUGGCACUGACAGGCUACUUGCUACCUCGGCCCUUCUGGGGGUAUGGUCUUUGACCCAUGUCUCGGCUUACUUGCCUCCUGCUCUCUGGGGCGUCUUCCUCUGCCCUCUCAACAGAUCAAAUGGCCCCAUACACACGUACACGUAUGUUAAUGCUGAUGCUGAUGCUGAUGCUGAUGUUGAUGACGAUGCUCCUGCUACGUGCAUGAAAGCUCAAGUUUUAGUUUGCUUGCAAAAUUGUCUGAUGCUGCUUCCGUCGGAAGCACAACUUCGCCGCCUGUAG